AUGUUCAAGAAAACAUCAGCAUCAUCAUCGUCCAUGUUUCUUGCAAUGCUAAUUGCAGUUGUGCAAGCAGCAACAAUUGCCACAGCAGUUGAUCCUUCAACAGCAGGCACAGAACCGGUUCUCGAGUUAUACAUGCAUGACAUUCUUGGUGGCAGCAACCCCACAGCGAGGCCAAUCACUGGCUUGCUCGGAAACAUCUACAGUGGCCAAGUGCCCUUCGCUAGGCCGGUCGGGUUCCUCCCCCCAAAAGAUGGAGUAGCCAUUCCGAAUGCCAACGGUGCCCUCCCAACUGUUAAUCUUAACGGAAUUCCUCUGGGCAGUGGCUUAGCAGGUACAACAUUUGCAGGACUCCCCAAUGGUGCAAACAACAAUGGGAAUACAAUAACCACCCAAUUAGGACCAGAUGGAUUGGGACUUGGGUUCGGAACUAUCACCGUCAUCGACGACAUCCUAACCUCGGCCCCGGAGUUGGGGUCACAGCCACUGGGGAAAGCCCAAGGGGUGUAUGUUGCAAGCUCUGCAGAUGGGAGUACACAGAUGAUGACCUUCACAGCUAUGAUGGAAGGAGGGGAAUACGGAGAUAGCCUCAACUUCUUCGAAGUGUACAAGAUCGGGAGCACAAUGUCUCGUCUGUCAGUGACUGGAGGGACCGGGAAGUUUAAGAAUGCCUGUGGAUUUGCGGAAAUGCGGUCCCUUAUCCCAGCAGGCCAGCUUGUCACAGAUGGUGCAGAGACAUUGCUGAGGACAACAGUCCAUCUUAGCCACUGA